AUAACAUUGAUUAGUUUGUUGUAUGGACUUGUAGUCGUUGUAGUUUGAUCCGUGUGCAUGAAAUUGAUCUCAGGGGCACAGUUGGGUUUAUUUUGAUAUUUCUAGCAAGCAUUGAAGAAGUGAAUAACCAUGGGGUUGUUUUCCGGAGAUUUGUUUCCAACGAAAAUAAGUUUUAUAAUAUUUAUCUCGUAUAUGGGAUUGUUUAUAAACCAAGGUAUUUUGGUGACUGCUUCUAAAAACAAGAAUAACACCUACAGUUACAAUACUGUCACAGUCGUCCUGUUGACAGAACUCCUGAAGCUGGUUGUUUCUACUGUUGUGUAUCUGAAAGAUAAUCCUGUGUCUAGCUACUUUUCAGAAAUCUACAAACAUAGAAGUGUGCUGCUGUACUACUUUGUCCCGGCUGCUUUGUAUUGUUUGUACAACAACCUACAGUUUGUAAACUUGGCAACCUAUGACCCCACAACCUAUUACCUUCUUCUACAGUUCAGAGUGGUUGUAACGGGAGUGGUAUUUCAGGUAAUAUUUAGUAAGAAGUUGAACAGGAACCAGUGGAUCUCGCUGAUUUUCCUAACCUUUGGUUGUAUCAUCAAGGAGUAUGGCCAUGACAGCAAAGCGUCGUCCGACUCCGCCUCCACCGCCAGUCCCCUCGCCGCGUACCUUAACCCCCACCUUCUCCUCAUCAUGGUCCAGGUGUUCAGCUCCUGUUUCGCUGGGGUAUACAAUGAGUACCUGCUGAAAGACAAAGGGGUGGAUGUCCACAUCAUGUUGCAAAACGUCUUUAUGUAUCUGGACUCCAUCGUAUGUAAUGCUGUAGUGUUAGGAUUCAAGGGAGAGCUUUCCACUGCGUUCACGCCCCAAAAUAUCUCCGCCAUUUUACAUCCGGGAGUGCUGAUCAUUGUUGUAAAUAAUGCGGCCAUUGGGAUUGUUACCAGUCUGUUCCUUCGUAACUUGAAUUCUAUUCUAAAGACUUUUGCCAGUGCACUUGAACUAAUGUUCACGGCUGUGCUGUGCUGGAUGAUUUUUGGCAUUGCUAUAGACAUUUACACUGUAAUUGCCAUUUUCAUAGUUUCUGCUGCUACAGUAUUGUAUGCUCAAAAACCAGUUGUGAAUCUUGCCAAGACUGACAUGCAACCACAGUCUGAUGCUCAGAAGGAAUCUGUGUAGAUUGCUGACUGUUGAAUUAAUGUUUCAUUUUUGAAAUGUUUUAAUUUAUACACAGCCAUGCCAAGCAUGAAAUCCUCUUCUUUCUUGUGUGCAAGAUACAAUCUGUGUGUACAUGUGUGUGCCAAUCUUUUAUAUUAGAUCCUGUUUUAGCCUGUUUAUCAUUGUAUCUGUGUAAUACAUUGGUAAAUCUGUAACUGACACGUGUGUAUGAAAGCGUAAAUGUAUGUGUUGUGUACAUUUAUGUAUGUAUCUGCUCUACAUUAUUUGCAGUGUUGUAUUACAUUUAACUUCUUUUAUGACCCAAUCAAUAUUAAAAUGCUAUGGUUUUGAAAUUAUAUUACAAUGAUAAUCAAUUCUUCAUCAAAUGUAACUGAAUGUUUAGUUUAUGUUGUAAGUUGUUAAUAAUAGAAUGCUACAGUCUUAAAAGUAUCCUCUGAUGAUGACAUUUAUCAACCCUUUUCACAUCUACAUGUAGCUUUAUGUUUAGUUUAUGUUGUACAUGUGAACACUUAUAAAUAUAUUAACAUUUUUGUAUGUCAUAGUCAUCUCACCAACUCAUUGAUACUGUACAAAGUAGUCGAAUGCUUUUAUUUUUUUAUCAUAGUCCGGCAAAUUUCCUAUUUUGAAGGUUUAAGAAGUUUUGGUUUUUGUGUAAAUUAUAUCAGUAAUCAUUGUGUCCUGCAAGUGGUUUUUUUUCUUCAUAAUAUUUAGAUACAUGAACUAUUAUAUAGUUCAAAUCAAUCUAUUAUAUAAUUCAAUUGAUAUAUUCUUUUAAGUGUAAAGUUUUUAUUUGUAUUUUCAUCAUUAUUUGUAAUGUGUGUAAAUAUAAAACAUACACUUGUAAAUGUAUUCACACAUUUGGGAUUUUUUUUUGUUCUUUUUGAAACUGUGAAUUUUUGGGUUUUCUUUUAGUUUGGUUUUAAAGCUCUUAAUUUUUGUCAUAAUGGAAUGAUCAGGGUGUAUUUCUGUCUUUGUCAUUUCUUUAUUAGCUGUAUGAAAAUAUACGCAUCACUGUGUGUAGAUAUGCUCGAGUCAAGUUAUGUUUAGUAAGUACUGGUAUGUUCAAAUUCAUUUUUUUGAAGCUUGUUAAUAUUCACAUAUUGUUGGGAAAGUUUCAUGUGUCUUAUAUGCAUUUAAUUGGUGUAUUUACAUGUACAUUUAUUAACCCUUCUGUGAUAUAAUCAAUUAAGGGCAACAGGGAAGCUACUCUUACAUUGAUUUGAAACAAUCCUAUGCAGAUAAAAGCUGCAUAUCAAGUAAAUGUAUUUGGAUACUACAUGUAAUUUUAAAAAAAUAAAAUAAUUGACCGGAG